AGAUACAAUAUUAAUAUAAAUCACGGAUGAUAUAAAUUAAGCAAAUAUAUCUAUUUCACUUAAACAAAUGUAUCAAACGGUUCAAUCUAAACAUUUUCUGCAGUAAUAUAGUUAUCCCUUUAUAUCAUAAUUCGUUAGCAAUUAAAAGCCAAUACGUAUAGUUCAUCGAUAAUCUCUUCGUGAUUGCUGCAGUUGCAACCACGUUUUGUUUACGUUUACUGUCUUGUUUCGUUGGACCAUGAACAUAGAAAUAUGUCCAUGCGCUAGACAGACUAUAGUGUAGUGUAACGUGACUAGAUAUGUUUACUUUUUCCGACCCGAUUAACUGACGGACUAUGAUCAUAUAAACAAGUAUCGACACUUGUUAGGGGAAACCGUCCGAAAAUUGAGUUGUGAAAGAUCAAAAUGGAAGACAACGAAGUUCUGCAAGACACAAAUGAGUAGUAUAGGCAUGCGCAAAACGGAAACUUUCUUUUCUUCCAUUUUGAUUUUUCACGAUUCAAUCUUCAGUUUUCCCUUAGCUUCGGUAGGUUUCGGUAUUAGAGAAUCAACGUCAAGAGCUGUUUAUAUGAUCGUGAAACGGAACACUUAGAGUACAGAUCACAAUUAUUUGUGAAUUGGACAGAAUAUAGUUUCGAUUUAUUUAUAAAAUAUUCUAGAAAUACUUAUUGUAAGUUACAAUACUUUAAUUUUGAAGGAAUAUGAGUCGUCAUCCAAAUACAGAUCCAUACAAAAGAAAUAGCGACCCUCAAGUAGAAUUGGAAAGUCAAUUUAUUUUGCGUUUACCACCAGAACCGGCGCGAGUUUUACGAGAAACACUACGGAAUGGAUUGUCUUUAAAAGAUAGAUUAAGUAUAAAACUGGAAAAUGAUAUGCGUUAUGGUGAGACUAGAUUCGAUCAUUGGCUUCUUCAUGGAAAGGUUGUUGAUUUACCAACGAUUGUAGAAUCUUUAAAAACUAUUGAUAACAAGAGUUUCUAUAAAACUGCUGAUAUAUGUCAGAUGUUAAUUUGCAAAGAAGAAGAUGAUCAUACUACCACGGAUGAAGAAUCUCCAGUUAGGCAAAAGAAAAAAGAUCCUAAUAAAGUAGAUAAAAAAUUUCUGUGGCCACAUGGUAUAACUCCACCUACUAAAAAUGUAAGACGCAGAAGAUUUAGAAAAACCUUGAAGAAGAAAUAUGUGGAAGCUCCAGAAAUUGAGAAAGAAGUUAAACGUUUAUUAAGAGUGGAUAAUGAUGCAGUUAAUGUUAAGUGGGAGGUGAUAUGUGAAGAUGAAGAUCAAUCAAAACCAAGCAAAGUCUCGUCAUCUGGUACAGUGAAAACUAAGAGAGAAAGUAUCAAUGGCAAUACAUCUCAAAGUUUUGAUGUUGCGGAACAUGAUAUAUUUGGUGAACCUGUCAGUGAUAGUGAGGAAGAUGAUGAGGAAGCAAAUAUAAAUGUAAUGGAAUUGGAUGAGAAUAGUCGACUUUCUGCAGACAGUAGAGUAUCAGACUCCAAUUCUAUGCAAGCUGCAUAUUCAGAGAGACCUAGCAAUAUUGAAACAAAUAAUAGACUUUGCACAGUAUUCAGCAAAGAAAUGUUCCAAAGUGACAAUAAUAUAGAAGCAGACGUAGAAAAAACAGAGGAUACAUCUAUAUCAAAAGUACCUAAAGUUGAACAAUUCCAUUCAGAAUAUAUCAUUUCAGAUAACUUUUCAGAAUUACCUUGUGUUUCAGCAUUAAAAGAUUCACUGCAAACGCGUCUGGCGACUUUACACGCGGAAUUAGCUGAACUGCGUCAAAGAAGGCAACAACAAGAGCUUGCAAUAGCUAACAUUGAAAACGUUAAAUUGAGGCAAAGACUUCAAGAAAUAUUGGAUAAUUUAUUAACGCAAGAAAUGCAAAAGGUUCAAGAGAUUCAAGACUUAGAGUAAGGAUAAUGUUGAUAUACAUAUAAUUAGAAUAAAUUAAAUAUUAUAAUCAAAAUAUUUAUAUACAUUUGUGAAGUUCCUAGCAAUAAGAGGUCAAAUCUAUCUAUUAUAUUUCGUUACUUUCCAUUUUCUUUUAAUUAAUAAAAAUUUAAUAUGUAUAUAUACACAAUAUGUAAUUAUUUGUAUAUAAUUAUACUUUUUUUAUUUUACACGUCUUUAACAUGUAUAUAAAAUGUAUACAAAAUAUAGUGUUAAAUAAAAUACAAAUUGUUUUCUAUAAAUAACCAAAUAUGCGUAUCGUGUGUAAGAUAAAAUCAUAAUAUAAUGUUUAAAAUAUAAUAUUUAGAAAACAUAAUUUAUUUAAAAUCCUCGAAAGUUAUUUGUUAUGCAACAUGCAGUUAUUCGAUACAGACAACCAAUUGUUAAAUUCCAACUCACACUGUGCGAUACACAACCAUAAAAUGCACCAAUGAAAGUUCAGCUUGGGUAUUCGUCAGUAUUCGACUGAGACAUUAGAGAUACAUAAGCGAGUGUAAUGGCUGACACGUAUUGGAUGUAAAUAUAUGCACGUCCUUACUUUUUAUACAGUGUUAAAUUCUACUUUAUCGCGAAGGUUAUUCGCAUUAUACUCAUUUUCCUAAAGCGACUAAGCAUAGAUACUGCGAUGGCUGACGAGGGAUUUGAUCUGUGCGAAUACAUGCGGAGCGAAUUUGCUAUGCAACGUCUGCUUUUGAUC